UAAGGAAUCGAAUGUACCAGACACCACUUUUCAACUCAUUAAUAAGAAACGCAUUUACUUUCUCCAUCCUUGCUGUGGUGGGUUUCGUUCAUAAAUACGAAAGCAACUACGAGUCAAUGGCCAUGUUAAUUGUUAUAGUUAUUUUGAAUUACAGAUUAUGGUACAGGUCAAUGAGGCUUCAACAUACCGUAAAGUCUCGUUUACAUCAGAGUGGGGGCUGAGAUUUGUUCUACUAAUGUUUUAUGAAUUUUGAAUGAGAUAAGAUAAAGAGAAAUUGUUGAGAGAAGUAGAAGAUAUCAUGGCGGAAUCAGCAACAUCAUCAAUUUCAGUUUUACAUUCGCUCUUCCAUCUUAUCUCCUUUAUUUCGUAUGAAUGUGAAUCCUGUGUUCCUUCUAAUACAUGUUGGCAGUCAAAAUAAGCAUGGCAUAUGCAAAAUACAUUUCAUUUGCCCAGAGAAUGAAGACCCACUUAAAUAUGAUCUAGAAAGCCACAGCAAAGCUAAUGUCUCUUGUUUUUCUUCCUAUUGCAAAUCGUGAUUUUACAAUACAAUCUAUUGCAAUUCCUCCUUGGGGUUUCUAUAUAUAUUCUGUUGGCACUUUGGAAGUGAGGCAGCAACGCUUCCACAAUCACAAGGAUUUGGAUGGAUGUUCAAGUUUUUGACAAUUUGGGGGUUUACCUUUCAGAUGAUAGCCCUUCUUGUCAGCUUUGUUUCUGACCUUUUCCCACAGGCAAAUAGGACAAGUUGUCUUGCUGAUGAUUUAUCAUGUGCAAGUUUUACCAUGGCAAAUGUUAUCACAGUCAUGUUCUGGUGUCUUUUGGCUAUAACUGAGAGCCCAGUGGAUCAAAAUGUACAACAAGGACAGGUCUUUUUGCGAAGACCACCUUUAUGGAUAUCAUUAUGUGUACAUCUAGGAAAUGUGAUUGUGGCUUGGAUUGACAUACUUGUAUCAAAACGUAGAUUUAGUAAGCUCUCUUUACGACUGGCUUUGCUAUUUGGUUUUCUGUACUGCAUAUGGAUACAAACAUGUGCAAUAAAGAACAAGGAAUAUCCAUAUCCAUUUUUGAAUGAACUUCCAGAACCUGAAGGCCUUUUAGGAAUGAUUUUUGUUGGACUUCUCUUAGUUCUUUCAAGCUUCAAAGCCGGUAAAAAGGCAAGCAAUACAUUCAGGGGUGCAUGUUCCGGCAAAGUAGUGAAAUCACAUUAACUUUUUCUUCGGGGUGGUUUAUUCCAAAACACUGGCUGUGAAGGUUGUGUUGUCAAGUGAAUUGUAAAAUUAAAAAAUAUUGUUCUACCCACUUAUUUUCGGUACUGCUUUAAAAAAUAUUGUUCUAGCUACUUAUUUUCAGUAGUGUUUGUUUUUUAUUAUAAAAGUAAUAAAAUAUGGGUGCUGACUCUUAUUUUCA